AUGAUGAACGCGUGCACCAAGUUCAGCGACAACUACGAUGUGAAGGAAGAGCUUGGAAAAGGCGCCUUCUCCGUGGUUCGUCGCUGCGUUCACAAAACAACCGGACUUGAGUUCGCUGCAAAAAUCAUCAACACCAAGAAAUUGUCGGCCCGUGAUUUCCAGAAACUCGAGCGAGAAGCCAGAAUAUGCAGGAAGCUUCAGCAUCCGAAUAUCGUCAGACUACACGACAGUAUUCAAGAAGAGUCGUUCCAUUAUCUGGUUUUUGAUCUUGUCACCGGAGGAGAAUUGUUCGAAGACAUUGUCGCUCGAGAAUUCUAUUCAGAAGCAGAUGCCAGUCAUUGCAUACAACAAAUACUCGAAUCGAUUGCAUACUGCCAUUCUAACGGUGUGGUUCACAGAGAUUUGAAGCCAGAAAACUUACUCCUUGCCUCCAAAGCAAAAGGUGCCGCCGUGAAAUUAGCCGAUUUCGGACUGGCCAUUGAAGUGAACGACAGUGAAGCAUGGCACGGAUUCGCUGGAACUCCAGGAUACUUGUCUCCAGAAGUACUCAAGAAGGAUCCAUACUCAAAGCCAGUUGAUAUCUGGGCGUGCGGAGUCAUCCUAUACAUUCUUCUCGUCGGAUACCCACCAUUCUGGGAUGAGGAUCAACACCGUUUGUACGCCCAAAUCAAGGCCGGAGCCUACGAUUACCCAAGUCCGGAAUGGGAUACUGUAACCCCAGAGGCUAAGAGCCUUAUCGACAGCAUGCUGACUGUCAACCCAAAGAAGCGUAUCACUGCUGAUCAGGCCCUCAAGGUCCCAUGGAUCUGCAAUCGUGAACGUGUUGCUUCUGCGAUCCACAGACAGGAUACUGUCGACUGCUUGAAGAAAUUCAAUGCUCGACGGAAGUUGAAGGCGGCAAUAUCGGCUGUCAAAAUGGUGACCCGUAUGUCGGGGGUGUUACGAACCUCCGACUCGACAGGAUCAGUUGCAUCGAACGGAUCGACGACGCAUGACACGUCACAAAUCGCCGGAACGUCAUCACAGCCGACCAGUCCCGCCGCUGAGGGAGCAAUUCUCACGACGAUGAUCGCCACGCGCAACCUAUCAAAUUUAGGCCGCAAUCUGCUCAACAAGAAAGAGCAAGGACCACCAUCGACGAUCAAGGAGUCGUCCGAAUCAUCCCAAACCAUCGAUGACAACGAUUCGGAAAAAGCUCAAAAACAGGAUAUCGUACGGGUGACUCAAACGCUGCUUGAUGCCAUCUCAUGCAAGGAUUUUGAUACGUACACAAGAUUAUGCGACACUUCGAUGACAUGCUUCGAGCCGGAAGCACUUGGCAAUCUUAUCGAAGGCAUCGAAUUCCAUCGAUUCUACUUUGAUGGAAACCGAAAGAACCAAGUGCACACCACAAUGCUCAAUCCGAAUGUGCAUAUCAUUGGAGAAGACGCCGCAUGUGUUGCCUAUGUGAAGUUGACACAAUUCCUGGAUAGAAACGGAGAAGCACAUACUCGUCAGUCACAAGAAUCACGUGUCUGGUCGAAGAAGCAGGGUCGUUGGCUGUGUGUUCAUGUGCAUCGAUCAACACAACCAUCAACGAAUACGACCGUUUCCGAGUUCUAG